ACUUGGUCAGUCCCAGGCGUACGUGACCUUGUGGUUUGCACAUUUAACUCGCAUCCACAUCACGAUCUCAGCUCUUACAUUCCCGUUGCAUCCUACCAUGCAACACGAGCUUCGAUAAUGCUCCAUGCCCUCGCUUUAGAGCCAUCAUGGACCGUGCGAAGGUGCCCAUACCCAAGGUGGAAGACGUGACAUGUUGGCGAGGAGGGAAGAGCGUAAAGGGUACACUGCAUCUUUCGGCGCACCAUUUCAUAUUUCGAUAUGCGCUGCCUAAGCCAGAAGGCGAGGCUGCAACAAAUGCGCCGGAGAAGCAUAAGGAAAUGUGGAUCACGUAUCCCAUGAUAUCCUACUGCGUAUAUAGGCCUUCUCCACCUGCUUCUCACCAGCCACCCACGAUACGUCUGCGCUGUCGUGACUUCACGUUCAUAGCCUUCAACUUCCUCACAGACAAAGAAGCGCGUGCCGUGUUUGAGAGCAUACGCGCCUGCACAUGUAGGUUAGGCAGUCUGGACAAGCUGCUAGCCUUCUCUUAUCAUUCUGUACCAAGGGAGAAGAAGAUAAAUGGCUGGGCGUUGUAUGAUGCGCGCAAAGAGUUUGCGAGGCAAGGGAUUGGCCCGAAAAAUACAGACAAAGGAUGGCGGAUAACGGAGAUCAAUAAAGAUUAUACGUACUCGCCGACAUACCCGGCGGUACUUGUUGUACCAUCCAGUAUAUCAGACAAUGUGCUCAACUACGCGAAAACAUACCGCUCAAGAGCUCGGAUACCGGUGCUCACAUAUCUUCACCCAAUAAACAACGCGUCAAUAACGAGGAGUUCACAGCCGAUGGUUGGCGUUCGGGGCAACCGCAGUGCUCAGGAUGAAAAACUUGUUGCAGCCGUCUGGGCGUCAUCCAAGCCGACCAGACCGACAACGAAAUCAGCGCCAGCAACGCCUAGAGGAAGCAGAUCUACAUCAGACUUGUCAGACUUUGUUGACAGACCGUCUGCUGACAGUAUCGGGGAUUCACAAGCGGGCGAUGGGACUGGCAAGUCGAGUGAAUCCGACAUCAAAACAGUAAGCGAUGGCACAGGGUCAGAGUCAGGUGAACUACCACGGGUCUACGGUGCCCAGCAGAUGAACUUGAUUGUAGAUGCGCGGCCUACCGUGAAUGCGUAUGCAAUGCAGGCCGUAGGCAUGGGCACGGAGAACAUGGACAAUUACAAGGGCGCAGUGAAGGAGUAUUUCGGGAUUGACAACAUACAUGUGAUGCGCAAAUCACUUCAGGAUGUCAUCGAAGCCAUGCGUGACUCAGACUUCACGUCGCUGCCGCCAGACCGGGAGAAACUGGCAAAAAGCGGCUGGUUGAAACACAUCGGGCUCUUGGUCGACGGCGGCGUUCGAAUCGCGCGCCAAGUAGGCAUCUUCCAUUCUCAUGUUCUCAUACACUGCUCAGAUGGGUGGGAUCGGACAAGCCAGCUGAGCUCGCUUGCGCAGCUAUGCUUGGAUCCGUACUACCGCACGCUAGACGGUUUCAUCACGUUGGUCGAGAAAGACUGGCUCUCUUUCGGCCAUAUGUUCAGGCACAGGACGGGUCAUCUGAGCAGUGAGAAAUGGUUCGAGAUCGAGAACGAGCGUAUCGCAAAUGACAGAGCUAGUCUAAACGGCACACAGACAAGCGGUGGAGGUGGGAAUGCGUUCGAGAACGCGCUGUCCAAAGCACAGGGCUUCUUCAAGAAGAACGACAAAGAUUCGGAAGACUCUGACUCGGACGAGCCGCCAUAUUCGGGGAAGAAAACUUCCUCAUUGGAGGACCAAAAAUACGCGACCAAGGUCAAGGAAACCAGCCCGGUGUUCCAUCAGUUUCUCGAUGCGACAUAUCAGAUUAUGUACCAGUUCCCGACACGGUUCGAGUUCAACGAGCGAUUCCUUCGGCGGUUGCUUUACCACGUAUACGCUUGCCAGUACGGCACGUUCCUGUUCGAUAACGAAAAGGAGCGAGUGGAGUGGAGGGCCAAGGAGCGGACCAAGAGCGUGUGGGACUACAUCUACUCGAAGAAGGAGGAGUUCCUCAACAAGGACUACGACCCAGAGGUCGACGAUCAUGUCCAGGGCAAGGAACGAAUUAUCCUGCCCACCAAGGAAAAAGUGCGCUGGUGGGCUGAGAUGUUCGGUCGCACGGACGAGGAGAUGAACGGCCCCGCCGUCAGCGGUCCUCCCGCGCCGCCGAUGCUGGGGCCCGAGAUCAACUUGCCGCCCGUCGUCACGGGUGUCGAGUCGGCGAACCACGCUGCCGGCGUCGGUUCCACCAGACAUCCGGAGCCGCCGCAGACCAGCCGUGUCGUACAGCAAGGCCAGGAAGCCCUCAGCGCAGGCCUGGCCCGGCUGGGCAUCGGACGCGGCGACAGAGCCAGCCCCGGCCCGAGCCGGCCGCGCAGCCCGCGGUCGAGCAAGGAGCUGAUGGAGGUCGAGAUGCAGUAGCGGAUCCGGCGGCGCCGUGCGAGGACUUGACGCGGAGGCCGGGAGGCGGACAAAUGGCCCAGCAGCACGGCCACUCACUCAGCACGUAGCUUACAUCUAACGAAACUUAAUCCGACUUCUUCUUUCCCCGCCUCCGUCCUUUCCGUUGCUGACCCCACCCACCCAUUCCUUGCCCGAGCCCUUGCUACCCUCCUCCUCGUUCUCCACUGCUGUCCUUCAACCUUCCAUGUCCCUCUCGUGCCCUCCUGCUGCCCUCCCUCGUCGCCUCGCCGAGCAUUCGAUCGGUUUUCUGGGAGUCGGGGUGCCUGCGUACCGAAGCCGAAACGGACGUGCCGUCGCACGGCCAGGUGACCAGGUCUUGUCUGGAGCGGGACAUUGGGCUGGGCGGGGAGAAAGCGCGGAGGACGGGGACGAGGACGGGGGAGACUUAAGCGUCAAGGAAAAGUAAGAAAACACAAGCCUUUCUUUUUUUUGUGGAACGAGAGAGGAAAUCCCUCCCUUGCCGGACGCAAAGUUGACGCAGAACGACGCAGAUUAAGGUGCGCGGGAAAACCUCUUCUGUUUAGACGGGACAUACAUGUAUAGAUAUAUACAUACAUGAAUGCAUACGAACG